AUGGUUGGCAAAGACGACGUUGAGGCAAAGCCGCCGUGCCAUCCUCGUGCAUGUGCAAUCCAAGGUAGUUACAGUGACCCUAUGGGAAACAAUUACAACGAGGCUAGGUGCCAGGAUGUCAUCAAGGCUCUCUACACCUGUUGCGAGUCCUUUUACAAACGACACGGUGAUAGCGCGUCGUCUCCCAGCUGUCCCAAGCCCAGUCUGCUCCGGCUCAAGAUGAAGCAGCUAAACGGUGCGAAGUGA